UAGCAUGAAAAAAUUGACAACAAACGACGCGACGCGCGCUAUUUUCGAAACUAACAACCUUUUAAUUUGUUUAAACAAACACGCGUGUUCGAUUUAACUUAUCGCAAAAUGAGUAACAAAAGCACGCCGGUGCGCCAACGUAUUCAUCAAUUUCAAGCGCAUGCACGUGGCAGCAUGGAAGCACAUGGAAGUGGAAGUGGACUGCGUCGCAAAGUCCUUUGUCGCACACCCAACAACAAACGCAGUGCUGAGCAUCAGCACCACUCCGAUCAGCUGCUGAACACAGCCUUUAGCAGUGGAAUCGCCACACCGAUUCCCCAUCCGAAACCAAAGCCAACAGCAUUAAAUGCAUGCUACACACCUUCGUCGCUCUAUCGCAAUCCAGGCAAAACAACACCACUGCGCCAGACUCCAGGUUGCAAGUCGGCUAGCAAGACAAAAGAAAAGGAUGCCAUGCUGAUGGACUCGUUUCACAGCAUUGCCGAAGAGAGCAACAUGAUUGUCGCAGUGCGCGUGCGUCCCCUGAACACUUUGGAAUGCACUCGUGCGAAUGUCAGCAAUGUGGUCAAUGUCCAUGGCCACAAUGAGCUAUCCGUGCAGUCGGGCAGCAGUGCCGAUGCCUCAGCAGGAGUCUCGCACUACUUCAGCUACGAUCAAGUGUACUACUCAUGCGACCCAGAGCGCAAGAACUAUGCAGAUCAGCUGGCUGUCUUUGCGGGCACAGCGCAGCCCUUGAUUGACACUGCCUUUGAUGGCUAUAACGCUUGCUUGUUUGCCUACGGCCAGACGGGCUCAGGAAAAUCGUACAGCAUGAUGGGCAUUGAGGCACUGGAUGAUGCGGCCUUAGAUGGUAAUGCGCCGCAUGCUGAGGCCGGUAUUAUUCCGCGAUUUUGCCACGAACUUUUUCGACGCAUCGAUGCUGUCAAGGAUCAGCUGCAGGUGGAGGUCGAGGUCAGCUAUUUUGAGAUCUACAACGAGAAAAUACACGAUCUGCUGAGCGUGCAGCAUGCGCUGACGUCUGCUGCUCCUGACACUCCGCAGCACACACGACAGGCGCUCAAGGUGCGCGAGCAUCCCAUAUUUGGUCCCUACGUUGUAGAUCUCAGUGCCCAUUCCGUGGACUCCUAUUCGGCUCUGCGAAAUUGGCUGGCCGUAGGAAAUUCCCAGCGGGCCACAGCCUCGACUGCCAUGAACGACAAGAGUUCGAGAUCGCAUUCUAUUUUUAAUAUUGUGCUCAAUCUGACGGAUCUGAGCAGCGACGAUGGCAUGUCGUCCUCGGACACGGAUUCGGGCACAGUGACAUUGCGACAAACGCGUCGCAGUAAGAUCAGUUUGGUCGAUCUGGCGGGCAGUGAACGCAUUAGUGUCUCGGGCUCAAAUGGCGAACGGAUUCGAGAAGGCGUCAGCAUCAAUAAGAGUCUGCUGACGUUGGGCAAAGUGAUCGCUGCUCUCGCGGACACACGGAAAGCAGGAGGCUCUGCCACGCCCAGCACAUUUGUGCCCUAUCGGGAGAGUGUGCUCACCUGGCUAUUACGGGAAAAUCUUGGCGGCAAUUCGAAGACCGUGAUGCUGGCCACCAUAUCGCCAGCUAGUCUCCAUGCCGACGAGACUCUGGCCACGCUGCGGUAUGCGUGCAAGGCUCGUUCCAUUGUGAAUCGGGUGAAAGUGAAUGAAUCACCGCAUGACAAGAUCAUUAGGGACUUGAGGGCCGAGGUCGAUCGUCUAAAAUCACUGCGCAACGAAUACGAGCGACAGCGACGUUUGUCCGCCAACAACAAUCCACCAGCACCGCGCAAGAUCAUUAUUGAGACUUCGGUGGAUGACACAGAAGUGGAGGCGUUGCGUCAACAGCUUGCCGAACGUGAACGGGAACUGAAUCGUGCACAAAAAUCAUGGAUGGAAAAGUUGAAGGAGGCGGAGGAUCUGCGCAAAUCGGAGCUGCGACUGCUGAAGCGGAAGGGUCUCGCGCUGGAACUGACUGCCGAACAGAAGCAGGCGUGUCUGGUCAAUUUAGCGGCAGAUCCCAUGCUGAGUGGAACACUCUUCUAUCUACUGCCACCGGGCAUAGUGCAUAUUGGACGAGGCCGUUUGCCUGGUGCGGCAACUAACCCGCUGCCCGACAUUGUGCUGGACGGUCCGCUGGUGGCAUUGCAGCAUUGCAGCAUUGAGCACGAACGUUCGGGCAAGCUAUUCGUGAGUCCAGGCAGCGAGGAUUUUGAGACGUAUGUGAAUGGUGAAUUGCUGGGCGAACGACGUCAAUUGUUCCAUGGCGAUCGCUUGGUUAUUGGUGGGUCGCAUUACUUCCGCAUUUCGAAUCCGUUCUGCAGUCAGCGUGGCAAGGCGGAGCAGCUACUGGUGGACUUUCAGUUGGCUCAUCAAGAGGUGCUGCAGAAACAGGAGCAACAACUGCGCUGCGAACUGGAGGCGGAGAAGCGCGCGGCGCUCACGCGUAUCGAACAGGAGCGUGUGCAACAUGCGCGUGACUUCGAGGAGCGGCUGCAGUGCCUCGAGCUGGAGCAGUUCAAGUACAAGUGCAACAGUGAAAUGUUAGAGACAGAACGUCAGGCGUUGGCUCAACAAUUGCAAACGCCCAGUCGCGUGGCCAGUGUCUCGACACCGGCUCAAAAGUCUACGCUGCUGGAGGAUAUACAGAGGAUCAUGUUAAAUCCCAGCGAGGAGAGUCUGCAUAAGACGCAGCUGAUGGUCAAGGAAGCCACCCAGCGCUGUCGUCAGGUGGGCAUGAAGCACAUCGAGUUUCGCCAAACCCAAACGCCCGAUGAAUUCGGGUUACUUCGCACCGUCAUCCUGAUUGUGGACAAGCAACAAUCCCUGAAGGCCGAGUGGCCCAUAGCUCGUCUUACCGUUUGGCUGGACUUGCAGCGAGAGGCAUCAGGCGUUAGCAGUGCCAGCAAUAUAUUCCAAAGUGUCGAAGUGGACUGGCAGCCCAUGGAUGCUGAAUUAAAUGAAACGCUCAAUGACACGCACAACUCCAGUCGGAUUGCUCUCAAUCUCAGCGCCAUGAAGGAUGUGCUGCUCAAGCAGCCGAUGAAGAGACUGCUCAGCAACACACCCCACCAGACUUCGACCCCAGCCAAGACACCAGCGAGUGCAUCACCCAGCGGCAAUCCAGCCCAAUACACCAAACGUCUGCUCACUUACGACUUGGAAGAGCAGCCGGAGAACAAUAGUUGUCACUUUCCACAACUGGCGCAACAGGAGCUGCAGAUUAUCCAGAGAGCUGCUCACAGAUUGCGACGCCACUGCGAACAGUCAAUACGUGAGCGGGAGAAUCAUCCAGAUGCUGGUGAACUGGCUCUUAAUCUGCAGGAUGCCCUCGCUCGAUUGGAGGUUGUACUUCAUGGCAUGCACAGUAGCUUGACUCAGUCAACGGAGACAGUUGCUGCAACAUCGCCAACCAAAGCACAGAAGGCUGUGCGUUUCCUGAUUGAUUGAUCAAUACGUUCCAGAUCUUAACCGUUCUACGCUUAUUCAUGUAACCUUAAUACGUUUAUGUAUAUCUUUUAAUGCAAUUGCUU